AAUUGCGCGACCAAUUUCAGAAGGGGAAGAAGGGGUUGGUUCAUCGAAGCAAAAAGCUUUUCCCCAGAGAGAGAGAGAGAGAGUGAGUGAGCAAUUCAACCAUUUCCAUUUGUCGAACAAUCAAUAUAUCUUUCAACCUUCUCACUGUGUGUGUGCGUGUUUUGUUAGCACAUUAAAUAAGAAAGAAAUAAUCUUUGUUAGGUUUAUACUAGUGUGUCUUUUUACAUGUUGCGGCUGUGGAAAUGGUACCAAAAUUGUUUGGCAGUACAUCCGGUGAAGACGCAAGUCAUCAGCUCCGGUUUGAUUUGGGGUUUUGGGGAUGUUGCUGCUCAAGCCGUCACUCACUACACUGCCAAAAAACACCUUCAUCUUCGCUCUGAUAAAGAUAAAGAAUUUUCAAUCAACUGGAGACGAGUUGCCACAACAAGCUUGUUUGGGUUUGCGUUUGUCGGACCCGUUGGCCACUUCUGGUACGAAGGAUUGGAUCGCUUCAUAAGGUUGCAACUUCAAAUGCAACCCAAAUCCAUGCGUUUUGUUGCUACAAAAGUGGCACUUGAUGGUGUAAUCUUUGGGCCCCUAGAUUUACUUGUCUUUUUCACGUAUAUGGGCUACUCCACUGGGAAAAAUACUGCUCAAGUUGUUGAAGGUGUGAAGAGAGACUUUCUACCGGCCUUAAUACUAGAGGGUGGCAUAUGGCCUGCUGUGCAGGUAGCCAACUUCCGCUAUAUACCAGUUCGGUAUCAGCUUCUUUAUGUCAAUUUCUUCUGCUUGCUCGAUAGCUGCUUCCUUUCAUGGAUUGAGCAGCAGGAAGAUGCUGCAUGGAAGCAAUGGUUGAAAAACAUUGUGCGGUUAAAGGAACAAAAAGAGAAAGGUGGAUAACUCCUCUUUUUCACUCAGGAAAUGUAUUAGUUUUGAAAAUCUCUUUCCUCUUUCGUAAUCAGCCAUAGUUAUAUAAGGCAUAGAGACAUGUUGAAGACCGGCAAAGUAUUUACAGGAAUCUUGGAGAGUGCCAACUGGGAAAUUGGUAGUUGGAUUCAGUAAAAGUGAUAGCACUUUGUUUAGCUACACUAUUUACAGAUUGAAGCUUAAGAUAGCUAUUAUCGACAGAUCUUCAUCCACUAUUUGAAUAAGCUUGUGGGACUUUUGAUACUGUCAAAGUUUAGAUGCUAUUUUUUUUGGUCCUGUAUUAUGAGCUACGACAAAGCUAUACAUUUCGAUUGAUGUUGUUUUGCUUAAUUUCCCACCUCCCCUUUGCUCCUGCUUCAUAUUUGAUGUUAGGAGUUCAUUUUGAGCAGAUAAUUGAAUUGUGAGAAAAUACUUCCUUUUGAUUAAGAAAUUGAAUUUGAAUGCUCUCAAGCACUGAAA